AUGGCGCAAACUCAGCCUCAGCAGUUUGCUCAAUCAAUGUCUCCUCCCGUAUCCUCACCGUCACCUAGUGCACCGUCCCCGGUCAAUGGAGGCAUCCCUCCACCGUCUAAGCGACAGCGCCUUUCUCCUCUUCCGCAAUCCCAAUCCCCAUAUGCAUCUCCCAGCUUUGGGACGUUGCAGCUACCAUCAAAUCAACCAACUCCCAUGAAUGGAAUCAACAUGAGUGGGAUGCCUCAGACACCCGCCCCGCCACCACCUCCGGGCACAAUGGGACCACCUUCUCGGCCGGUGGAAAAGGCGACAGAUGCUGCUGAGUUAACAGAUGUUCUGGCGUCAUCUGGAAUCGAUGUCAGAGAAGAGGAGGCCUUUCUCACGAGUAGUUAUUCGGCUCCAGGUGUUCAAGCGCAACAGCCCUCAAGACUACAACAACCACCGCCACCGCAACAGCAACAGCAACCUCAACUUCCCCUCAAUACCUCUUUCGCCUCACAAGCCUCUACUACCGGGACAAUUUCCACCACCCCCAGCUUCAGCGAACCGUCUCAAUUCAAACCACAAACCACACAAGACUCUUUCUACACCGAACCGGCGUCGCAACCACCUGCGCCGUUCAAAGACCCCAAUGAGCCGACACGGGAAGACACCGAAGCAGCCAGACGCGCCCAAUACCAUCUACAAGAGCCUUUCUUACUGACGAAGGUACUGGAACAAAGACUACAGAGACGCGGCUUUGAACUUGGUGUUCGCAUACCGGCAGAGGGCUUAUUUCACCCCGUGCCAGGUCGUCCUCAGCCUAUUGAGGUUACUGGACCUGACGGCUCGUCUAUUGUGCGUACGGGAAAGACUAUCCUAAACCAGGAGGGGGCCCCUUUGGUCGAUAUAUUAAAUUUAAUGUCGAUUGCUUGCGAGGAACGGUUGCGCACGGUGGUCGACUAUUCCUCGACACUCGCAAGAAGCAGACGAGCCCAUUCUCAUGGAAAGGUUCCUAUCGAAUGGAAGGACCUCGCAGAUUCAGCUGGCUCAGUGAACGGUGGUGUGGAGAACCCUCAGACACCACUGAAACGUAAGCCUCAAAUUCAGCUCAGGUGUUAUGCGGAUGCUGACAAGCACGAAGGGCCUCAUUCGGCGACUAACCAAGCGGCGACCUUGACCGAGAAAUAUCGUUUACUCAUGGAGAAAGACGUGUCUAGUGAAGAGGCUCGUGCCGCCAAACGCGCGAAGCGCAGUGCAAAUGCUAUCCUGGGGGAAGGUGUUUUGGCCAGAGCGGACUCUGUCGACGUGCCAGGUUCUGGUGCUUCGACGCCGAUCGCAGAAAAAGCCCCGAGCCUCGACAAGAAAGGUCUGUCGAAGAAGGAAGCAAAGAAGCUGAUGGAUGCAAAGGCCAGCGAGGCUCAGCAACAUCAGCAAUCUGUGGAGACUGCCCGAUUAGCCACCAACAGCAUGCUGUCUGGUCGUAUGUUCGGAGCCAAAAAGUCAUAUUCGUGGCUGAAUCGAGGCUCGGCUACUCCCAGUGGCUUCUCCACUCCAUCACGAGUCAAUCCUGCAAUUCACACCACUGGCGCGGAGAAGACUGGCCGUGCUGGGGAGCCAGCUCCUGUCCCUACUAAACACCUUGGUACUUGGCGGGAAGACAAAGCGAAAGGUGCUGGAAUCCAAGUCCGCGAUAUUCUGUUCAUGCUCGAAAUGGAUGGUAGAGGCUCCCGGCAUGUGCAGAAAGCCUAUUCCAAGGACAUCAAAGAAGACCGGUCGGACUAG